AUGGUCAUGGGCAUGGCUAUCAUCGCCGGGCCUGUCAGCCCUGUCAAAGCGACAUGGUUUAGUGGUUCCGAUCCGCCAUCCCCGCUUAUCUCGACUGAAGUUUGGCUCGGUUGUGGAUCUUCUCCUCUUGGCUUCCCGAUUCUGCAAAUCUCGCGCCACGGUGCCCGCGGGACGCGCGCACUUUCAGGAUUAUUACCUGCUUGUCUGCGCUUCGAAGUUCUCAUGAAUCGCGCUAAAUAG